AUGGCCCCGAGGCGCUACGAGCCCGCUAAUCCAGAUGGACCCUUUCCAUAUUCCCCAGAAGACCUCGCACCCAUGGAGGCAGGGAAUGACUCGUACUUCUAUGCUGCUCCACGGUUUGUGACACAUAUCGACGGUAAUGCCAUCAACAACGUGCGGAACUACUAUGCUCAAGUCUUGCCCCACAGAGGCCGAGUUUUGGAUUUUUGUUCCAGCUGGAUCUCACAUUACCCGGCAGAGGUGGCCAAGGCAGCAUCGUUGGGAGAAGUCGAGGUGCUAGGGAUGGGUAUGAACCGCGCCGAGUUGGCCAAGAAUCCUGUAUUGAAACACUGGUCUGUGCAAGAUCUCAACGAGUAUCCAGAGGUACACUUACCGGGCCCGACCCAGGGCAAAUUGGACGCAUCGACAUGCGUGGUAUCCAUCGACUACCUGACCAAGCCCGUUGAGGUCCUGCAGAGUAUCCGACGACAGACGCAUCCGGGAGGAAAGGUGCAUCUUGUCAUUUCCAACCGGUGCUUUCCUACCAAAGUGGUUGGCAGAUGGCUGAAGGUCGAUGAGGACGAAAGGCUCAAUAUGGUUGGGGAUUAUCUGUGGUGGAGCGGAUGGCGGAACAUUGAGAUCCAGACGCUGGUGGAAGGAUCGUUCACGGCUGAUCCGGUCUGGGUGGUGAGAGGGGAGAACGUCGAGGCUGCUGUCUGA